AUAAAACACCUGCAGGUCAACAUACAAGACGUUUUAAUGCACCAACUAUUGAUGAAGUUGCUAUCGUUGUAGUUGGAGAAAACUUGGAAUCCCGUGAUAUUGUUUUACGUCGUCGGAAUGAUCAAUUACAACGUAUAAAGGAAACACACCGCUCAUAUGAUGCACUGCAAUAUCCCAUUAUAUUUUGGCAAGGUGAAGAUGGCUACGAUUUCUCAAUAAAAAUGAUAAAUCCCAUUGCAGGUUCUGAAACCAACAAAAAAGUCAGUUCAAUGAACUAUUAUUCAUACCGCCUAAUGAUUCGGGAAAAUGAAGAUAAUCACAUAUUGAAAUGUCGGCGAUUAUAUCACAAAUAUGUUGUUGACAUGUAUGUUAAAAUUGAAACGGAAAGAUUAACAUUCAUCAGGUUGAAUCAAACCAAACUCCGAUCUGAAGAGUAUAUUCACCUUCGAGAUGCGAUUAAUACUGAUGGAAAUGCACAGAAUGUCGGUCGGAUGACUAUUCUUCCAGCAACAUACAUCGGAAGCCCUCGGCAUAUGCACGAAUAUGCUCAAGAUGCCAUGUCGUAUGUUCGUCAUUAUGGUACAGCAGAUUUGUUCAUCACAUUUACAUGCAAUCCGCAAUGGAUAGAAAUCAAUCAGGAGUUAUUCUCUGGGCAAUCACCCAUUGAUCGUCAUGAUAUUACAGCCCGAGUCUUUAGACAAAAGUUGAAAUCUUUAAUGGAUUUCAUCGUAAAACAUAAUGUGUUUGGUGAGACACGCUGCUGGAUGUAUUCUGUGGAGUGGCAGAAACGAGGAUUGCCACAUGCACACAUUUUGAUUUGGUUGGUUGAAAAUAUAAGGCCAAAUGAAGUUGAUGCAGUGAUAUCCCUAAUUUACAAGUAG